CAAAUUAUCUCAACCAGAAAAAACAUCAGCCAGUACACAGAGAGGAAGGAAAAUAACUUACUAUAACUAUCUGGUAUAGUAAUCGUUUGAGAGUACCAUUUGGGACUGAAGUGGCUUUUCUUCAUGUCAGCAGCUGUGAAGAGACUCUUCUGAAGCGCAUUCUCUGACCCUCCUGGAUUGAACUCUGGAAUGUGUCUGAAACUUUUCACCCACUGGACAGAUAUCUUUUACAAGCAAGACAUAUUUCUUACCAGAAACAACAGGUGAAUUUCUAAUAAGAAAAGUGACAGAAACCAGAAGCAACAAUGAACGCCACAGCCACACCACAAGCAACAACUUCAACCUCAAACUCAACAUGUGUUAAAAUUGGUGAGAGUGCCUUUAGUGACUUUCUGAUGGCUGUUUAUAUCCUGGCUUUUAUCUUUGGUUUGAUCUUCAAUUUGCUGACCCUCGUUCCCAUUUGGCAACAAGUGCGGAGGCAAAACGUUCUGGGCAUCUUCCUGCUAAGCCUGUCCAUCUCUGACAUUCUUUUCAUCUUCACCAUGCCCCUUUGGAUAAAUUAUUACCGACAGGACCACAAAUGGCAACUAGGUGUUAUAAGCUGCAGUGUAGCCGGCUUCUUCUACUACUCCAACAUGUACAUCAGUAUCUACCUGCUCUGCUGUAUCUCUGUGGACCGCUACCUGGUGAUCAAGUACCCGCUCCGCUCCAAGACCCACCGUACAUCACGCUACGCCUGGGCACAGUCCCUCACUGUUUAUGUUGUAGUGGUGGCGAUGCACAUCGCAGUGCUGGUCCUUGACAAUCUCAAGGAUGCCCAUGAUGACAAGAACAACAAUGACCGUUGUUAUGAGAACUACCCCAUGCAGAGACCUAUCGCCUUCUUCAACCUGGUCAGAGUGGUCAUUGGCUUCCUGCUCCCACUGCUGGUGUUGGCUUUCAGCUACUGGGGGGUGCUAGCCACUGUAGGCAAAAGUCCCGGCCUGAGUUCCCAAGCUAAGAGGAAGGUCCGUUUGCUGUCCUUUGGGGUAAUCGGCAUCUUCUCAAUUUGCUUCGCUCCAUACCAUAUUCUCCUGCUCGUACGCUCAAUUGUCUUCUACCAGAGUGACGAAAUCUUACCUGAUGGAACUUACUGCAAGUUUGAACAGAAUAUGCAUUUCUACUUCUCAUGUACACUGGCACUGUCCAGUCUGAACUGUGUGGUGGACCCUGUGUUGUAUGCGUUGGUCAGUAAUGGAGUCCAAGAGGAGGUGAAACUAUGCUGCAGGAGGUAUAAAAAUACACCGUCAGAGGACUAUAGCCUUACUACAAGUACCAGAGGGAAGCCUAACAGAAAUUUAAUAUGAAAAGUAAAAUGUAUGUGUGAUAUGUGGGUAGAAAAUCUACCUGUGCACUUGUUUGCAUGUGUGUUUGUGUGGAUGUGCAUAUAUAUGAUGCAUACUACUGUCGCUCAUGUUUUCAUUUCUGGUGUUCACGACUGAGUAGCAGGAUUAUUUGCAUCCAAUUAAUCCUUCACAUACUGACAAUCAGAAACCACAUUGCCACAUUUGUGUGUUUUUAUCUUCUCUCAUAUCCUGCUCAUAGAGGAGGGGGUCGAAUAAGUAUACCAGAGCUCUCUAAUUGGAUUGUAAGCUAGGAUUCUGCUCUCCCAAGCAUUCUCCAGUGGCAGCCACUUUUGGUUUAUGGAUGGUCUCUGCUACAGUAGAAGAGCCCUUGUGUUUUCCCUCCAAUCUAUACAAGGAUAUUGUGACUGUGAUUGUGUAACCCUGGUAUACCUAAAAGUACAAUGACUCUUAAGAAUGGCAAAAAUGCAUUUAUUAGCAUGACCGUAUGUCUACAGUGUCUGUGAGUAAAACAUGCUGAAUGUAAAUCAAAAUAAACCAGUGGUUGAACAGGUACCCAGAACCCAGUGUGUGUGUGUGUGUGUGUAUUGUCUGUGUGUGUGUGUGUGUGUGUGUGUGUGUGUGUGUGUGUGUGUGUAUGUUCCUGUGUGUGUGUGUGUGAGAGAGAGAGAGAGAGAGAGAGAGAGAGAUAUUUAUUUUCUUUUUGAAGUGAUGUUAAAAUGUUGAUGUUUUCGUACAAUGUUAUAUUUACCACAGUGUUUGAAAAGAUGAGGAAAGGCGAAUAGUAUUAUACAUUUAAUCUAUAAUAUACAUAAAACAGACAGCAAAGACAAAAACAUAAAAGAAACAAACAAACAAAGAAAGGAGGAAACAAAGAAGGGAGGGAGGGAAAAUAUGAAUUGACCACUUAUGUUUACUGGUUGUUUUUCCGGUCCAUGAAAAGCGGAUAUUGUAGAAACAAUUUAUAAAAUGUUGCCAAUGAACAAUUAACAAAUGUGCUUAGUACAUUUUGCAAAUAUGGUAAUUAAAAAUGGUUCCUCAUAAUGUUCAUACGAGCAUAAUCCCAGCAGCAUUUCUUCUAUGUUUUUGCAAAUUGGUUGUAUAUGAAUGUAAUCUUUAUGAGACAGGGUUGUACACAAGCUCAUUUUUGCUCAAUGUUAAAUACUUAAAGAAUAAAGCUGUUGCUAUUCUACAGUAUAUUCAACAGAUAUUGUAGUUCUUAUUUACAACAAAUUCUAUAAAACAUCCAAAACCAAUUCAUUAAUAGUAUACCAACAAGUAUUGCAUGUGUAGCCAAAGCCUGAUAUAGCUCAUCUCUGAACAAUGUUGUCCACAAACUAAUAAAAACAUAAAUGAACAUACUGUUGCACUGGUUGGCGUGAUCUCUGUCAUCACCAUGAACAAGGGUGCUGUAUUUUAUAUUGAA